GAAAACGAUUCAGUUUAAAUCUUCAUUUACAUUAAGAAAUCACAUGCACGUACAUUAGCAGUGAAUCAUGAUUCUCUUAGUGAUUACAAUUAUUUGUUCUUUAUCUGUAAGUCCAAUCUUUGCAGAUAUAAAUGAAAGUGACGGUGAAAAAUGGAACGAAUGGUUGCCAUGGGACGGCUGUUCAUCGCCAUGUAGUACAAGUGACGUAGGAAUUCAAAGUCGUAGACGAACAUGCUCAACUUCAAUAGAUGACGAUGCUUGUAGUGGCGAAUCUGUUGAUUACAGGACUUGCAAAAUAAAGUCUCGUAAUGUACUUGGAGACUGGGGUGCGUGGUUAUCAUGGGAGGGGUGUUCAGUUUCCUGUGAUAUAGGACUUCAAAGACGUAAACGGACAUGUUUAAAUCAACUAUCUGAUGAUGAAGAUGUCCUUUGCACAGGGGAAUCAAUAGAUUUCAAAAUUUGCACGGAAAAAGCAUGUGCAGAUGGUGGAUGGACCAGUUGGAGAGAGUGGAAUUCAUGUAGUGCGACAUGUGGAUGGGGUGUAAGUAAACGCGAAAGAAGCUGUUCGAACCCAAGACCUUCAGUACUAGGACAAUUUUGCGAUGGAAGCCCGGAACAAACGAGAUCGUGUCAGAACAGCCCAUGUUCUGAUGCUCGAAAUGAUACUUCAAACUGUAAAACAACUAUGUGCUCAGACUACGGGGUUGCAUUCACAGCAACAAAUAUCAUCGGUGGAUCGUCAAGACAAACCAUGAAGUUCUUUAGAGUUCCAGUCAAUUAUGGAAAUGAUUUCAGCGGUGCAACCGGAUUAUUCACUUGUAGGAUUCCUGGUCUUUACGCGUUUUCAGUGACACUGUCAAGAGAGGAUGGAAUCUAUGGAAAUGUCCACGCUUAUCUUAGAGUUAGUAAUGUUUCUCCGUUGACACUCUUCAGCCAGAUUGUGGGACAAUACUCGAUGAGCGCUACCGGUACAUAUCACUUGAACAAGAAUGAUGUCGUAUAUGUUGAUGGUAAUCCUAAUUACUUCAAUGGUGGAACAUAUUCUUACUUCUCUGGCUUCCUCAUAAAACCAGACCAAUGAAGUGUUGGAAGUUAAAUAGCAUGUUUCCAAUACAGUCAACUAUUUAAUCAUCGGACUGAAAUAAGGGAAAACUUACUCUUUUUAUCAAUCAAUUUUAUAUCUUCAGAUUCGAUUCAAAGUCUUUUAACCUUCAUUUCAUAUUAUCAUAUUUCUUGCGAAAUUGAUUAUAAUUGCUGUAAAACCAUUGAAUCUUUGUUAAAAGCAGCUAUUUCACCUAUUAACGUUCACAAAUGAUACAGCCGAAAAACUUUAAAUAUUGCACGUUUGUAAAUGGACGUUUAUCAUAUAAUCUAUAUACACGGCUGGAAUCUCUCAAUCAAUGCACUAUUUUUCGUUUUCAUUUAAAUGAAAUUUUAAGCUGUAUAAUAAAAAUUCGUUAUAAAGAUUUCUUAUAGUUUAUAUGAUCGAAUAAAAACGAUUGUUUGCAAAAACAUGUAUCUAAAGGCUGAGAUAAUAUAAGCUUACAGCAUUUUAUACCGGGCCUGUUAAACAAGACAAUAUUAUAUAUGCCAAAAAAUUGUUUCUGUUUAUCAUUUCAAAAGGAUUAAUUUUACUUCACUAAUUUUGCCAUUUCAUCUUAGUUUCACAUUUAAAGAUUGUUAUUUUUAUACAAUGUAAUCAUGUACACGUAACAUGUAGUCUCUUUGAGCGUUUUGUGAUUUUGUAUUACAUGCUAACAGUAAUUUGAAAUUUAUUUUGAUUCAUCUAUUUAAGCCCAAAGGCUCAUUUAGGAUAAAAUCUUAGGAUAUACUUACUGAAGUUAAAGAAUCAUUAAACAUUGCAGAUAAUCAAAAUUAUCAUUAUCAGAAGAUGACAACUCUUUUCAAUGCGGCAGAUGUUAAUUAAUAGACAAUGUUAACUAUUUUGUUCAACAUAUAACGGUAUUAUCAUGACUUUUUAGUUACUAAAAUUGAUAAUGAACAGUAUGUUAACUAGGAUAAUUUAUCUUCUGACUUUAUACCGUUUAUGCUAAUUUUGGAUAGCGUAUCAUCUUUAGAACUACAAUGUCAAGAAAUAACGUUGACUCAGUCUAUUUAUGAUAAUGAAUAUGUAAUGUCCAUAAAAAUUACCCCCCCUCAAAAUCACAAAAGUGAUUUCAAAAAUGAUAUCCAAGAUUGUGUUAUCUUAUGAAGCAUUGCAUGAUAGGAAAAUCAACUAACCAAAUGUUUGCCUUAUAACGUACAUUUUUAUUCAAAUUAGUAUAGAAUCUUAAAUAAAAGGAAAUUGUUCAUAAAAUCACUAUUUCACGGCAACUGCAUGAAAACCGCUCAGGACUGAUGGCUUAUUUGUGGUAUAUCUUUUGUGUUAUUAUGACUACCCCCAAAAACAUACAUA